AUGUUGGGGCGCCCUGAGGAGCAGAAGCAACGGAAGCAAGACAAGGCUGCUGCUGGAAAAACUAAGAAGCGAAAAGCAGGACAAAUACCUUGCCAGCGGGCCAACAUUCGUUGGGUGGCUGCUGCUGGAAAAGCUAAGAAGCGAAAAGCAGGACAAAUACCUUGCCAGCGGGCCAACAUUCGUUGGGUGGCUGCUGCUGGUAAAGCUAAGAAGCGAAAAGCAGGACAAAUACCUUGCCAGUGGGCCAACAUUCGUUGGGUGGCUGCUGCUGGAAAAGCUAAGAAGCGAAAAGCAGGAGCAGAAGCAACGGAAGCAAGCGCAAGUAAGCCUGAAGCUGCUGCUGGAAAAGCUAAGAAGCGAAAAGCAGGAGCAGAAGCGACUGAAGCAACUGCAAGUAAGCCUGAAGCAGAAACGUGGCACGGAACUUCGGGGAGCAAGAAAUCCAAGGCGCAGGUCGACUCAGCCAAAGAUGCAGCAACAGGAGCCGACCGAACCGUCUUUGUGGAUGGUGUUCCAUAUGACUGGACCCUUGAGCGCAUCAAAGAGUUUUUUGCGACCAAGUGUGGUGGAAUUGUGGAGGUGAGAGCACCGACCUGGCAAGACUCCGGGCGUUUGCGUGGUUAUGCACAUGUUGCCUUCAGUGAUGCGGAGAGCAUGAAGAAGGCCCUGCACUUGAACGGUACCAAGGUUGGCAAGAAGGGACGGUACCUGAAGAUCGAUCCUGCCAAAAAGCCAGAAGGACAGGGAGGAGGAAAGAGUGUGACGAAAGAGGAGAUCGAGGGAAAGAGGAGACUCUUUGUGAAGAAUCUCCCCUACGACGCCUCGGAGGAUGACAUUGCGAAGCUCUUUGCCAAGUGUGGCAAGGUGGUGGAGAUUCGAAUCCCCCAUGCGUCAGGCCGAAGCAAGGGCUUCGCCUAUGUGGAGUUUGCCAAAGCUCAGGGACUGAAAGCAGCGAUGGACUUGGAGCCGGUUCCAUCGUUGCAGGGACGAAAGCUUCACUUGGACGCAGAUUCAGGAACUGGGCCCAAAGCUGGUUUUCAUCACCGUCCUGACGCGUUUCAGUCCAAGUUUGUGGCAAAAGCCAAGCAGCCCAAGGGCAAAGGAAAAGGAAGGCCUUCGCUGUUUUGACCGCGGAUGGCAAAAUGGCGGCGCAGCUGGCUGGCAAGAACUUGAGGUUCCA